AUGUCGAUUUCCGCAUUAUUCAUAUUAGACCUCAAAGGAAAUGUGGUUAUCUCCAGAAACUAUCGAGGAGACGUCGACAUGUCCUGCAUCGAGAAAUUUAUGCCCUUAUUAGUCGAGAAAGAGGAUGAAGGCACUGCUUCCCCGGUUUUAGUGAAUGCUGGCAUCAGCUACACCUAUAUCAAAUAUAUGAAUGUUUAUUUGGUUACCGUUUCGAAGAAGAACACAAAUGUGAUAUUAGUGCUAUCAACGCUGUAUAAAAUUGUCGAGGUUUUUUGCGAAUACUUCAAAGGUCUCGAAGAGGAAUCUGUUCGCGAUAAUUUUGUUAUUAUCUAUGAAUUGUUCGACGAGAUGCUCGAUUUUGGAUACCCGCAGACCACCGAGAGCAAAAUAUUACAGGAGUUUAUCACUCAACAAGGACACCGCCUUGAAGCGGCUCCACGCCCGCCAAUGGCUGUCACUAAUGCGGUCUCGUGGCGAUCGGAAGGCAUCAAGUACCGUAAGAACGAGGUGUUCCUUGACGUCAUCGAAAGUGUGAACAUGCUCGCGAACGCGCAAGGCACAGUGCUUCGAUCGGAAAUUGUCGGUUCGAUUCGAAUGCGUGUCGUGCUCUCCGGAAUGCCGGAGCUUCGACUCGGCCUGAAUGACAAGGUUAUCUUCCAGCAAUAUGGAAAUACUCGUCGCGGUGGCGGUAAAGGUGUUGAAUUGGAAGAUGUGAAAUUCCAUCAAUGCGUAAGACUUUCCCGAUUCGAUUCCGAACGCACAAUCUCGUUCAUUCCGCCCGAUGGCGAGUUUGAGCUAAUGAGCUAUCGACUGACAACUCAAGUGAAGCCCCUUAUAUGGGUUGAAGCAUCCGUGGAGCGUCACGCUCAUUCAAGAGUUGAGUACAUGGUCAAGGCAAAAUCGCAAUUCAAGCGCCAAUCGGUGGCGAAUCACGUCGAGGUGAUCAUUCCGGUGCCAUCGGACGUCAGCAAUCCGAAAUUCAAAACCGGCGCUGGAAGCGCGAAAUAUGUGCCAGAGCUCAACGCAAUUGUUUGGACGAUUCGCAGUUUCCCAGGUGGCCGCGAAUACAUCAUGCGAUCCUCAUUUUCCCUGCCAUCAAUUAUCAGCGAGGAAGUCGAAGGAAGGCCUCCAAUCAAUGUGAAAUUCGAAAUUCCCUAUUAUACUACUUCCGGCCUUCAGGUCCGCUACUUGAAAAUCAUAGAGAAAAGCGGUUAUCAAGCCCUUCCAUGGGUCCGCUACGUAACCCAAAACGGCGAUUACCAACUACGCAUGAACUAA